AUGGCGAGGAAGGCGGACGGAGAAGCUGACAGUGACCCAAGGUUCUGCCCGAUGGCCGAGGUGACAGAGGCACCGCAGCAUGAACCUGGGUGCGAUAACAGCCCGAGAUGGGGCCCUCAGCACGCUGGAGCCAAGGAGUUAGCGGAACUUUACUCCCCAGGAAAGCGAUUUCAAGAAUGGCUAUCUGUAAUUCUGUGCUUCAUUUUGCUGACCUUCAAUUUCUGCUGUCUUGUAUGGCAUUUCCGGUUUGAAUAUACCCCCAGCAUCAUUUGUAGCAUAUUUGCAGGAAUCCUUACUGCAGAUUUUUUUUCUGGGUUAGUUCACUGGGGAGCCGACACAUGGGGAUCAGUGGACCUGCCGAUUGUUGGAAAAGCUUUUAUCAGGCCUUUUCGGGAACAUCAUAUUGAUCCUACAGCCAUCACAAGGCAUGAUUUCAUAGAAACCAAUGGAGAUAACUGUAUGUUGACAAUUAUUCCUUUGGCAAGCAUGGCUUAUAAAUGCCUGUUCCUACCCCCAGAAAUGAUCCAGAAAUCAUACCCUACAGAGUGCUUUGUCUUUGCACUCGCAAUGUUUGUGACACUGACUAACCAGAUUCACAAGUGGUCACACACGUACUUUGGUCUUCCUUAUUGGGUCGUCUUCCUCCAGGACUGGCAUAUCAUUUUACCUCGCAAGCACCAUCGUAUCCACCACGUGUCCCCUCAUGAGACUUACUUCUGUAUAACGACAGGUUGGCUGAACUAUCCCCUGGAGAAGAUAGGAUUCUGGAAACGUUUAGAAGAUAUUAUUCAUGGAGUUACGGGAGAGAAACCACGAUCUGACGACUUGAAGUGGGCUCAGAAAGUGAAAUAAAAUACUUCUAGCCUUCUUCAUGCCUGAAACUGUUGCCAACCUAUUAAAAAAGUUUAAAAACUAAAGCCAUUAGCCAAAUAUAUAAAAGACUUAACAUGGAAUAGACUUACUAUUGAGCACAAACUAACUGUGCUAACACCAUAAACUGCAAGGACUCUUAACACUCCAUAAAAAAUGUAAUGGAACUUGCAGGGCAACCAUCUACCCUUUUUCCUGUUUGUACAAUGCUAUAGCAGCAAGCAUUUUUUUUAUUUUUGCGCUUUUUUUUUUUUUUGAUUACUGAUGUUGUAGCUAAUAUUUCAUGUGGCUGAGUCUCAUAUUACCAUCAUGUGACCCUGAAAGGGAAGAUUAUAUACAAUCUUGCACAAUGGAAACAGAAACACAUCAGUGACCUGAACAAGCAUUUGUUGUAUCAACAUAAAUCUGCUGCCCAAAAUAGCUGAUAUGUAAGACAGAUACGAAGAAAAGUGAGGUGUCAUUUUUUUUUUAUUUUUGCAUCAUUUGCGCUAGAAGGGCUAAUUAUGCAUGUUUGGUUCAUAUCAACAAAAGUCAAGCAGCCAGACGGAGAGUGCAUGGUGAUAGUCAUCUGAUUGUUUGCUUCUAACCACAAAAUGACCACUUCCAUAGUGUCAUCAAUAUUACCCCUCUCGAUUACAGACAUGGCUUGUCUUUAACGGUCAGUUAGCCCCUUUAUUGCUGACCUUGAAAGAAAAGGCUGAGAGGUCUGUUAAUUGAGGAAGUAAAUGUUUAACUUAACCAUAAAGCACUCUGAUAAAACUAUUACAUAGAUAAAUGUAAUGCGUAACAAACAUCCGCUGAAAACACAUUGUACCCAGGCAAUACUCAAUAAUAGUCCCCACAAUAUUUAGAAAAUAAAUUCUAUGCUACGCUAAUCUCUUCUUGAUCUUUAAAUAAAAAAAAGCAGAUGCUUUAUAUAUGUUAAUUGCAGAAAGAUAUUGGAAAGCUAGUUUUCUUCAGUAAGCACUUGAGCUUGAAGAUUUUUUAUACCCUUUUGUAGGAAAGUUUUACCUUACACUAUACAUGUGUGAUAAGAGGAGCGACACAUCAUCUAAUCAAUUGCAUUUUACAACGGUACAGCACUUAAUUAGUAUGUGAUUUAAAAAACAUAAUAUAAUAAUGAACACUAUACAAUUCUUUUAUAACUGCUGCCACUCAAUAUCUAUUCCAUGUUGCAGACACCUAAUGGGAGCACAGAGCAUGAAAGAGAGGUUAAAAAUACUAUGGUGCAAUAUAAAGCUCUUUGUAAAUAAAAAUGAUAUUGUGAACUCUUGAGACUCCAGUAAUCUCUUUUUCAGUCUCUCCUGUUCUCUUGUUGCACUUCUCUGUGAAAUAGAUAAGUCACAAUGCUCCUCCUUUACACCAAUAAUAGUUUCAGCCAAAAAUGUUACCUUGAUUUUGAAAGUUAAAAUAUUUGGUACAAAUUUUUUUUUUAAAUAAAGUUUUUUUUUGUUUUAAAGACUAUCCAGAGGAAAGGAGUACUCUGUUAAAACAUGAGGAGUUUUAAACAUUUGUAUCAUUAUAAUUUUGGAACAGAGAAGAGAACAUUUAUCUUUAAUAGUUGCACUCAGUGUCUUCAUCUCUUAAACUGUGGAGAAAAGCCAUUCAUCUUUUUUUUAUUAAAAAAAUAACAAUAUUGCACCAUUUUUCCUCUUUCGUGCUUUGUGCCUCCAGUGAGUGUCUUGCCCUCUGUCAGUGUGUAUUUUAAGCUAUAGGUCAAUUUUUCUAAAAAGGUUGUUUGUUGAUAAAUGACUGUGAUUGGCCGUUGAAUUCAGUGUACUAUUGUUUUAUUGUGAACAAAACUAGCUAUAGGCCCCAUUUGGAUAGUUUAUGAAACUUCACUUAAUAUCCACCUAGAUAAGUUACUCUAGGUAAGUUAAAACAUUCAUAUUUUGUGAAACCUUUAUUAUGGGAAAAAUAAGAAGUUUAAGUUUCACUUUAUAAACAAGUACAGUAUAUAUGCUUCCCUUGUGGAAUGUCUGUAAGCAAAACAUUGCAUAGUACUCAUUCAGCCAAUACAAAAUAAAAGGGAAAAAUGCUCUAGGAGAAAUCAAACGGUGACCUACACUACUCACAAUGUUGUAGUAAACAAAAUAAUAGUUUAUUUUUCACUUUACAUUUCCCUUUUAUUCAUCAGAACAUCUAAUUUAGGAUACCUACUGGCCAGAGGUGUACACACCAAUGUGUGUGUGCUUCUUUUACUAAACUACAUAGUCUGUACUUAGAGGGGCAUCAAAUUCAGUUCAAAUUAUUACUGGAGCUGUUUAGUCCAAUAUAGUGUGUACAAAUAAAUCUUCAUAAUUUUUGCAUUCCAAAUGCUAUUGUUUUGUUGUAUAUUUAUCUAUCUUGAGAGAUACACAUUUUGUUGAUUUUAACUUUAAAUGUUACUUCAAAACAAACUUUUUUUAAUGCAAAGAAUAGUCAGUUUAUUUCUUAAAGGGACAAAAACCAUUUUCUUUAUGGUAUAUAUCACCAAUUAAACACUACAUUGCACAAUGCCUUCAUAUAAAAAUUGUCAUUUCUUCUAUAAGGUACGACGAGGCCACGGAUUUAUCCUUUACUUGUUGGAUAUUAACCUCCUGCUAACAGGAAGUGGCAAAAAGCACCACAGCAGAGCUGUCUAUAUAGCUCCUCCCUUAGCUCCACCCUUUCCCUACUCUAAGUACUAGGAAGGGUAAAGUGAAAGAGGUGAUAAAAUAUUCGUUUUUAUUUUCUUCAAGCAAGAGUUUUUUGUUUUAAAUGGUACAGGUGUGUACUAAUUUACUCUCAGGCAGCAGAUGGAUGAAAACUUCUGCCUGGAGGAUGAUGAUCUUAGCAUUUGUCACUAAGAUCCAGUGCAGUUCCCACAGAGGCUGAGGGGUACAAGAAACUUCAGUGUGAGGAACGUUUUCAUGCUAUAUAGCAGUGAGGUAUGUUCAGUCAUUUUUUCUGGAGAGACGUGUAUUUCAGAAAGGCUGACAGUAUCCCCAUGAGGGUAAGGGUAAGCAGUAAUCCUAAGAGCUAUAGAAGGGCAUUACUAAGCUUGCAUAAGGGUCUAAUUAAAAAAUGGUUGACACUGAGUUUUUGAAUGUUUGUGGGCAAACGUUUUGUGAACUUGGAGUGCUGUUAACGUUUUUUGGCAACUUUAUUGAGGAUACACUUGGCUUGUUUUUUGGGUCUCAGAACCCACAUGGCUAGUUUAAAACCGCUCUGGUGCGGUUCUUUGAGGCUGUAAAGACAUCGAGUGAGAUGGGCGGGGCCUAUUUUCGCGCCUCAGAUGCACAGUUGUUUUCACAAGCUCCAACUCCUGGGGACCCUUGUGGAAGUUUUGGGCCAAAUCAAAGCUUUAACCCCGUUUUUACAAUCCCUGAGGGCAGGUAGGCGCCACAGCAGGGCUGUGGCGAGGUGCUGGGGGAGUUUUUUCCGGAUUUAGGCCUUAUUAUCAAUCCGGUUUGCACAAUAAAGGCUUAAAUGUUUUAUUUUCUUGUGGGGCAAACUUAACUACACAAAUUGAGUCUAUCAAUAAUUUGUAAAGUUUGGUGUAUUUUAAAGCAGUUUUGCAGAACGUGUAUGCUUUUUUUCUCUUAAAGGCGCAGUACCGUUUUUUAAGAUUGGUAUUUUUUCACUAAAUAAAGUGUUUUCAAGCUUGUUUGUAGUCAUUACUAGCCUGUUCAACAUGUCUGACAUUGAGGAAAGUCAAUGUUCAAUAUGUUUAGAAGCCAUUGUGGAACCCCCACUUAGAAUGUGUCCCUCAUGCACUGAAAGGUCAAUAAAUUGCAAAGAACAUAUUUUAGCUACUAAAAGUAUGUCGCAGGAUGAUUCUCAGUCAGAAGGGAAUCAGGUUAUGCCAUCUAAUUCUCUCCAAGUGUCACAACCAUUAACGCCCGCACAAGCAACGCCAAGUUCUUCUAGUGCGUCUAAUUCUUUCACCCUGCAAGAUAGGGCCGCAGUUAUGAAUACUACCCUCACAGAGGUUUUAUCUAAGCUGCCUGGGUUGCAGGGGAAGCGCAGUAGGUCUGGUGUGAGAACAAAUUCUGAGCCCUCUGACGCUUUAUUAGCCAUAUCCGAUGUACCCUCACAAUGUUCUGAGUUGGGGGUGAGGGAUUUGCUGUCUGAAGGAGAGAUUUCUGAUUCGGGAAAGAUGUUCCCUCAGACAGACUCAGAUAUGACGGCUUUUAAAUUUAAACUAGAACACCUCCGCUUGUUGCUCAGGGAGGUUUUAGCGACUCUGGAUGAUUGUGACCCUAUUGUAGUUCCAGAGAAAUUGUGUAAAAUGGACAGAUUUCUAGAGGUUCCUGCCUACACUGAUGUUUUUCUGGUCCCUAAGAGGAUUUCGGACAUUGUUACUAAGGAGUGGGAUAGACCAGGUAUUCCGUUCGCUUCCCCUCCUACUUUUAAAAAAAUGUUUCCCAUAUCAGACACCAUGCGGGACUCGUAGCAGACGGUCCCUAAGGUGGAGGGAGCUAUCUCUACCCUGGCUAAGCAUACAACUAUACCUAUUGAGGACAGAUGUGCUUUCAAAGAUCCUAUGGAUAAAAAAUUAGAGGGUCUCCUAAAGAAAAUAUUUGUUCAUCAGGGUUUUCUUCUCCAACCUAUAGCGUGCAUUGUUCCUGUAACUACUGCAGCUGCUUUUUGGUUCAAGGCUCUGGAGGAGGCCCUUCAGGUUGAGACCCCAUUAGAUGAUAUUCUGGAUAGAAUUAGGGCUCUCAAGCUAGCUAAUUCUUUCAUUACAGAUGCCGCUUUUCAACUGGCUAAAUUAGCGGCAAAGAAUUCAGGUUUUGCCAUUUUAGCUAGUAGAGCGUUAUGGCUUAAGUCCUGGUCUGCUGAUGUGUCAUCAAAAUCUAAGCUUUUAGCCAUCCCUUUCAAAGGUAAGACCCUAUUCGGGCCUGAACUGAAAGAGAUCAUUUCAGACAUCACUGGAGGGAAAGGCCAUGCCUUUCCUCAGGAUAAGACAAAUAAGAUGAGGACCAAACAAAAUAAUUUUCGUUCCUUUCGAAACUUCAAAGGUGAUCCCCCUACCUCUUCCCCUGCUGCAAAACAAGAGGGGAAUUUUGCUCAAUCCAAGUCAGUCUGGAGACCUAACCAGACUUGGAACAAAGGUAAACAGGCCAAGAAGCCCGCUGCUGCCACCAAGACAGCAUGAAGGGGUAGCCCCCGAUCCGGGACCGGAUCUAGUAGGGAACAGACUUUCUCUCUUUGCUUGGGCAAGAGACGUUCAGGACUCCUGGGCCUUAGAAAUCAUAACCCAGGGGUAUCUUCUAGAUUUCAAAGAUUCUCCUCCAAGGGGGAGAUUCCAUCUUUCUCAAUUGUCUGCAAACCAGACAAAAAGAGAGGCGUUCUUACGCUGUGUAGAAGACCUAUAUACCAUGGGAGUGAUCCGCCCAGUUCCGAAAGCAGAACAGGGGCAGGGGUUUUACUCCAAUCUGUUUGUGGUUCCCAAAAAAGAAGGAACCUUCAGACCAAUUUUAGAUCUCAAGAUCCUAAACAAAUUCCUCAGAGUCCCAUCUUUCAAGAUGGAGACCAUUCGGACUAUUUUACCAAUGAUCCAGGAGGGUCAAUAUAUGACAAUCGUGGACUUAAAGGAUGCGUAUCUACACAUCCCUAUCCACAAAGAUCAUCACCAGUUCCUCAGGUUCGCCUUUCUGGACAAGCAUUACCAGUUUGUGGCUCUUCCCUUCGGGUUGGCCACAGCUCCCAGAAUUUUCACAAAGGUGCUAGGGUUCCUUCUGGUGGUUCUAAGGCUGCGCGGCAUAGCAGUGGCGCCUUAUCUGGAUGAUAUCUUAAUUCAGGCGUCGACUUACCAACUAGCCAAGUCUCACACGGACAUCGUGUUGGCUUUUCUAAGAUCUCACGGGUGGAAGGUGAGCGUAAAAAAGAGUUCACUUAUCCCUCUCACAAGGCGUAAAUAUUGGUGCGAAUCCAAAGGCUACUCAUGGAGUAAGAUCAGGAUUCCUAGUAUUUUGUCCUUUCUCCAAGAAGGAUUGGAGAAGGGGCUAUCAGCUAGUUCCUUAAAGGGACAGAUAUCUGCUUUAUCAAUUCUACUGCACAAGCGUCUGGCAGAUGUUCCAGACGUUCAGUCGUUCUGUCAGGCUUUAGUUAGAAUCAAGCCUGUGUUUAAACCUGUUGCUCCGCCAUGGAGUUUGAAUUUAGUUCUUCAAGGGGUUCCAUUUGAACCUAUGCAUUCCAUAGAUAUUAAGCUUCUAUCUUGGAAAGUUCUGUUUUUAGUUGCUAUCUCUUCGGCUCAAAGAGUUUCUGAACUAUCUGCAUUGCAAUGCGACUCGCCUUAUCUUGUUUUCCAUGCUGAUAAGGUGGUUUUGCGUACCAAACCUAGAUUCCUUCCUAAGGUUGUUACUAAUAGGAAUAUCAAUCCGGAAAUUGUUGUUCCUUUUCUGUGUCCUAAUCCUUCCUCUAAGAAGGAGCGUCUGUUGCACAACUUGGACGUGGUUCGUGCUUUGAAGUUUUACUUGCAAGCAACCAAAGAUUUCCGUCAAACAUCUUCCUUGUUUGUUGUCUAUUCUAGAAAACGUAGAGGUCAAAAAGCUACGGCUACCUCUUUCUUUUUGGCUGAAAAGCAUCAUCCGUUUGGCAUACGAGACUGCUGGACAGCAGCCUCCUGAAAGGAUUACAGCUCACUCUACUAGAGUGGUGGCUUCCACAUGGGCUUUUAAAAAUGAUGCUUCUGUUGAACAGAUUUGUAAGGCUGCGACUUGGUCUUCGCUUCAUACCUUUUCCAAAUUCUACAAAUUUGAUACUUUUGCUUCUUCUGAGGCUAUUUUUGGGAGAAAAGUGCUUCAAGCAGUGGUGCCUUCUGUUUAACCAUCUGUCUUGUCCCUCCCGUUCAUCCGUGUCCUGUAGCUUUGGUAUUGUAUCCCACAAGUAAAGGAUGAAUCCGUGGACUUGUCGUACCUUACAGAAGAAAAGUAAAUUUAUGCUUACCUGAUAAAUUAAUUUCUUCUAUGGUACGACGAGUCCACGGCCCGCCCUGUCAUUUUAAGACAGAUUAUAUUUUUUGAUUUUAAACUUCAGUCACCUCUGCACCUUUUAGUUUAUCCUUUUUCUUCCUGUACAAUCGGUCAAAUGACUGGGGGGUGUAGCUAAGGGAGGAGCUAUAUAGACAGCUCUGCUGUGGUGCUUUUUGCCAUUUCCUGUUAGCAGGAGGAUAAUAUCCCACAAGUAAAGGAUGAAUCCGUGGACUCGUCGUACCAUAGAAGAAAUUAAUUUAGCAGGUAAGCAUAAAUUUACUUUUUGUUUACAGUAUUGCCAUUUUCCCAGUCCAUGGAAAUGCUCUUUUAAAAGCCUCUUAUAAGGCCAGUAAGGAAAAGAUAUAAGCUACAACACAGAUCAAUGUUGCAGGCUUGUGAUGUGUUCGAUAUGCUUUUAUGUGAAAACCAACAAUUUUUUAUGAUUUAAAUUACAGAAAAAGUGUUUAAAACAAACAAUAAAAGUAGGUUGUAGUUCUUUUUAUUACAUAUAAAUUUACAUUUGAUAAUAUAAUCUGAACUUAUUUCAUAUCCCUUUUAACUUGGUCACAACAGCUACAGAAAUAGUUUUUGUUCCUGUAAGCUAUAUACUGUAGAUAAGAGAAAAGGAAUAUCUUGCUUAUAUAGGCAAGGAACUCGCAUUAAACUGACACUAGGCAAAUAGUUAUUAGAUAUAUGCUGUAUCUUGUUAAUCUUAAAUCUAAAUAUUUUUUUUUCCAUGUCUAAUAAACUAGUUUUUGAAGACUAGUUUAAAGGGACGUUCAACCCAAAUUUUUUCUUUCUUGAUUCAGAUAGAGUAUGCAAUUUUAUGCAACGUUCUAAUUUACUCCUAUUAUCAAAUCUUCAUUCUCUUGGUAUCUUUAUUUGAAAAGCAAGAAUGUAAGCUUAGAUGCCGGCCUAUUUUUGGGGAACACCUGGGUUGUUCUAACUGAUUAGUGGAUAAAUUCACCCACCAAUAAACAAGGGCUGUCCAGGGUACUGAACCAAAAAAAUGCUUAGAUGCCUUAUUUUUCAAAUAAAGAUAGCAAGAGAACAAAGAAAAAUUGAUAAAAGGAGUAAAUUAUAAAGUUGCUUAAAAUUGCAUUCUCUAUCUGAAUCACGAAAGAAAAAAUUUGGGUUCAGUGUCCCUUUAACCCCUUAAUGACCACAGCACUUUUCCAUUUUCUGUCCGUUUGGGACCAAGGCUAUUUUUACAUUUUUGCGGUGUUUGUGUUUAGCUGUAAUUUCCCUCUUACUCAUUUACUGUACCCACACAUAUUAUAUACCGUUUUUCUCGCCAUUAAAUUAACUUUCUAAAAAUACCAUUAUUUUCAUCAUAUCUUAUAAUUUACUAUAAAAAAAAUUAUAAAAUAUGAGGAAAAAAUGGAAAAAAACACACUUUUUUUAACUUUGACCCCCAAAAUCUGUUACACAUCUACAACCACCAAAAAAAAAAACAUGCUAAAUAGUUUCUAAAUUUUGUCCUGAGUUUAGAAAUACCUAAUAUUUACAUGUUCUUUGCUUUUUUUGAAAGCUAUAGGGCCAUAAAUACAAGUAGCAUUUUGCUAUUUCCAAACUACUUUUUUUCAAAAUUAGCGCUAGUUACAUUGGAACACUAAUAUCUUUCAGGAAUCCCUGAAUAUCAAUUGACAUGUAUAUAUUUUUUUUUAGAAGACAUCCCAAAGUAUUAAUCUAGGCCAAUUUUGGUAUAUUUCAUGCCACCAUUUCACCGCCAAAUGCGAUCAAAUACAAAAUAUCGUUCACUUUUUCACAAAUUUUUUCACAAACUUUCGGUUUCUCACUGAAAUUAUUUACAAACCGCUUGUGCAAUUAUGGCACAAAUGGUUGUAAAUGCUUCUCUGGGAUCCCCUUUGUUCAGAAAUAGCAGACAUAUAUGGCUUUGGCAUUGCUUUUUGGUAAUUAGAAGGCCGCUAAAUGCCGCUGCGCACCACACGUGUAUUAUGCCCAGCAGUGCAGGGGUUAAUUAGGGAGCUUGUAUGGUUAAUUUUAGCUUUAGUGUAGUGUAGUAGACAACCCAAAGUAAUGAUCUAGGCCCAUUUUGGUAUAUUUCAUGCCACCAUUUCACCGCCAAAUGCGAUCAAAUAAAAAAAAAACGUUAAAUUUUUCACAAUUUUAGGUUUCUCACUGAAAUCAUUUACAAACAGCUUGUGCAAUUAUGGCACAAAUGGUUGUAAAUGCUUCUCUGGGAUCCCCUUUGUUCAGAAAUAGCAGAUAUAUAUGACUUUGGCGUUGCUUUCUGGUAAUUAGAAGGCCGCAAAAUGCAGCUGCGCAUCACACGUGUAUUAUGGCUAGCAGUGAAGGGGUUAAUUAGGAAGUUUGUAGGGAGCUUGCAGGGUUAAUUUUAGCUUUAGUGUAGAGAUCAGCCUCCCACCUGACACAUCAGACCCCCUGAUCCCUCCCAAACAGCUCCCUUCCCUCCCCCACCCCACAAAUGUCCCCGCCAACAUAAGUACUGGCAGAAAGUCUGCCAGUACUAAAAUAAAAGCUUUUUGGGGGGUUUAGGUUUUUUUUUUAAAAAAAAUAAUAAUUAUUCUGCUGUAUAGGACCCCCCUUAGCCUCCAACCUCCCUGAUCCCCCCCAAAACAGCUUUGUAACCUUCCCUAUCUGCCUUAUUGGGGCCAUCUUGGGUACUGGCAGCUGUCUGCCAGUACCCAGCUUACACAAAAAAGUGCUUUUUUUUUCUUAGUUUUUUUUUCUGUAGUGUAGCUUCCCCAAACCCCCCCCCCCCACACACACACACACACAAACCCCAACCACCUCAUUGAUCGUUUUUUUUGUCAGUUAUUUUAAACUGAUUGCACCUUUUUCUGUAGUGUAGCGGUUCCCACCCGCUCCCUCCCCGUGCACGCGCCCGCCCCCGCCCUCCCGUGCACGCGCGCGCCCCCGGGCAUCCCCGCCCACGAUCCCGCCCCCCUCCACAUCUCCAGGGCCAUCGAUGGCCGCCACCCGCCUCCCGGUAAUGCUCCCACCCAUCAACGAAGGAAGCCACCGAUCUCCGGUGCAGAGAGGGCCACAGAGUGGCUCUCUCUGCAUCGGAUGGCUUCAAAAGGUUAUUGCAGGAUGCCUCCAUAUCGAGGCAUCACUGCAAUAACCGGAAAGCAGCUGGAAGCAAACAGGAUCGCUUCCAGCUGCUUUCCACACCGAGGACGUGCAGGGUACGUCCUCAGGCAUUAACUGCCUUUUUUUUGAGGACGUACCCUGCACGUCCUCGGUCGUUAAGGGGUUAAAUUGGUCUUGUCCUUUAACCCCUUAAUGACCACAGUACUUUUCCAUUUUCUGUCCGUUUGGGACCAAGGCUAUUUUUACAUUUUUGCGGUGUUUGUGUUUAGCUGUAAUUUUCCUCUUGCUCAUUUACUGUAACCACACAUAUUAUAUACCGUUUUUUUCGCCAUUAAAUGGACUUUCCAAAGAUACCAUUAUUUUCAUCAUAUCUUAUAAUUUAUUAUAAAAAAUUUUUAUAAAAUAUGAGAAAAAAAUGGAAAAAAACACACUUUUUCUAACUUUGACCCCCAAAAUCUGUUACACAUCUACAACCACUAAAAAACACCCAUGCUAAAUAUUUUCUAAAUUUUGUCCUGAUUUUAGAAAUACCCAAUGUUUACAUGUUCUUUGCUUUUUUUGCAAGUUAUAGAGCCAUAAAUACAUGUAGCACUUUGCUAUUUCCAAACCAUUUUAUUCAAGAUUAGCGCUAGUUACAUUGGGACACUGAUAUCUUUCAGGAAUCCCUGAAUAUCCCUUGACACGUAUAUAUUUUUUUUUUAGAAGACAUCCCAAAGUAUUGAUCUAGGCCAAUUUUGGUAUAUUUCAUGCCACCAUUUCACCGCCAAAUGCGAUCAAAUACAAAAAAUUGUUCACUUUUUCACAAACUUUUGGUUUCUCACUGAAAUUAUUUACAAACAGCUUGUGCAAUUAUGGCAUAAAUGGUUGUAAAUUUUUUUCUGGGAUCCCCUUUUUUCAGAAAUAGCAGACAUAUAUGGCUUUGGCAUUGCUUUUUGGUAAUUAGAAGGCCGCUAAAUGCCGCUGCGCACCACACGUGUAUUAUGCCCAGCAGUGCAGGGGUUAAUUAGGGAGGUUGUAGGGUUAAUUUUAGCUUUAGUCUAGUGUAGCAGACAACCCAAAGUAUUGAUCUAGGCCCAUUUUGGUAUAUUGCAUGCCCCCAUUUCACCGCCAAAUGCGAUCAAAUAAAAAAAAAAGUUCCCUUUUUCACAAACUUUUUGUUUCUCACAGAAAUUAUUUACAAACAGCUUGUGCAAUUAUGGCAUAAAUGGUUGUAAUUUUUUCUCUGUGAUCCCCUUUGUUCAGAAAUAGCAGACACAUAUGGCUUUGGCGUUGCUUUUUGGUACUUAGGCCGCUAAAUGCGCAUCACACGUAUUAUGGGUAGCAGUGAAGGGGUUAAUUAGGUAGCUUGUAGGGAGCUUGCAGGGUUAAUUUUAGCUUUAGUGUAGAGCUUAGCCUCCCACCUGAAACAUCAGACCCCCUGAUCCCUCCCAAACAGCUCUCUUCCCUCCCCCACCCCACAAUUGUCCCCGCCAUCUUAAGUACUGGCAGAAACUCUGCCAGUACUAAAAUAAAAGCUAUAUUUGGGCUUUUUUUUUUUUUUUUAAAGGCAUAUUUACAUAUGCUGCUCUGUAGGACCCCCCUUUAGCCCCCAACCUGACUGAUCCCCCACCAAACAGCUCUCUAACUCUCCCCUCUGUCUUAAUGGCCGCCAUCUUGGGUACUGGCAGCUGUCUGCCAGUACCCAGUUUAGAAUAAAAUUGCUGAUAUUUUUUAAUCUUUCCCCUUUUCUGUAGUGUAGCUCCCUGCCCCACCAAAAACCAACCCCCCACCCCCUCCUAGAUACGUUCGAUUUAUAUUUUUUUUAAAUUAAAAUACCCCUUAUUCAAACUUUUUAAAAGUUAUAUUUUCUGUAGUGUAGCGUUCCCACCCGCUCCCGCCCCGUGCACGCGCCCGCCCGCCACCCACCUAUGUGCAGCAACCAAUCAGCAGCUACUGAGCAUAUCUAGAUAUGCUUUUCAGCAAAGAAUAUCAAGAGAAUAAAACAAAUGAGAUAAUAUAAGUAAGUUAGAAAGAUGUUUAAAAUUACAUUCUCUUUCUAAAUCAUGAAAGAAAAAAUGUGGGUUUCAUGGCCCUUUAAUACCGAAAACAGUUACAAAUAUAGUUCACUUAAAAUAUAAAUGACACAUCUUAAAAUAAUCCUUUAAUCCACUCAUAGUAUAUUUUUACUAUUUUAAGUACAUUCACUCAAUAAUUUCUUAGAAUAUAGUAAAUUCCAACAAAAUUUUUAGGUCAUGAUAAAGAUCUUUUUGGAAAGCACUGGUUAGAGCACUAGUCCUCAUAAAAAAGCAAUCUGUGACAUUUUAAAGUUGGAAUUUAGUUAUUAAAGGGAUAUUCUAGCAAAAAUUGGAAUCCACAGGAAUGCAUUUCAGGAUUGAACAGAAGCAUUUUUGUAAUAUACAUGUAUUAGCCAUUGUAAUAUACCUGUAUUAGCCGUAAGGCUUCCAAUAACAGCUAUAGCUGUUUCAAAAGUGUAUUUAAGUAUGCACCGUGCACCAGCAUUUUAAACACAGCACUUGCUCAGAGAGCCUAAGGUGCUUGUAUCGUCUGGUAAUUACUUAAUUUGUUAAUUGCAGACAUAAGCCCCACUGACCAUCUGAGCAGCUGCAGUAUUUAAAAUGCUGGUGCACUGAGAAUAUCUAGCUAUGCUUCACAUGCAGAGAAACCUGUUAACACUAAAACAAUGAUAACUUUUACUAAAAGCAUUUUUGCUAAUACAUGUAUAUUGCAAAUAUGUUUCUAUUCAAAGAAGUAAUUCAUCUAUCUGCAUUUAAAUUUUGACCGGAAUGUCCCUUUAAUAUUAAGGCCAAUUCAAUUAAUCUUAUUUUGUCUCCUGCAGCCUGAGUGCAUUGUGGUGUAGUUUCACAAGCUAGAGUGAAAUUCAAAGAAUGUCAUUGCGUUCUGUAAAAUAAAAGCUGGGCUUCACAGUCAUUUUACAAGUCUACAACAGUUACUGAUCACAGACUGGUCAUAGAUCAUAUACUUUAAAACCUGUAUCUGUAUUUUGAGAGCUUGUGUAUCAAAGCUUCAGUAUGAAGGAAGUGUCUGAUGUUAAUGGCAUUUUAAAGGUGCUUGCUUUUUUGUACAUUAUAUAAAGCCUUAAUCCAUUCUUUCUUGUGGGCAAUAUUUUAAUUUCAUGUUCUAUAUGUGUAAAUAUAUUUAUAACAAAAAGAAAAACUUAGACAAUACUAACAGUUUGUGAAAUCUU